AUGAAAAGAACAAAAGGUUCAAAGAGCUCAUGGCCUGCACAGAAGAAGGAGAUCAGACAAGUUAGAAAGAAAUUUUAUAAAGAGGGUAAACGGGUAGCAAAGAGAGCGGUGGCUGAGGCAAAAAGUCGAGCUUACAAAGACUUUUAUAAAAAGUUAGAUACAAAAGAGGGACAAAAACAUAUUUUCACGCUUGCAAAAGACAGGUCCCAUAAGAAGCAAGAUGUCGAGAUAGUUAGGGGGCUAGAGGAGGUGAGUGGGAAAACUCCUUAUAUCCAAAACCAACACGAAUAUGGGCCAAACAACGACAUAACCACAUAUGAAGUUAUAAAAGCUCUCAAAUAUAUAGGGAAAGGCAAGGCAGUCGGUUCUGACAAUAUUUUGAUUGAGAUAUGGAGGUCUUUAGGAGAAGAAGACAUUCGAUUAUUAACUAACCUUUUUAAUGUUAUCUGGAGGACAUACAGAAUGCUUGAAGAAUGA